AUGUGGGUGUCAAUUAUAAUACUCCGGUCGUCGUCGCAGUUAUCAUUGGUGAUGGCUAUCGCAUGUUGUCUUGGCUGGCAUAAAUUAUUGAUAUUCUACUCCAAAUACGGAGAAAAGCGGCUGAGUUGUUUUUCGGAUUCGGGUACGGCGAAUUCAAAAGUGACCACUGGAGGCAGAUCAUCGACCGUUUUCUCUUUAUGA